GGCCUCCCCCUGUAUCAGUGUAUGAUGUUCCAUGAGUAAUAAUAGCAGCAGGGCACUUGUAAGUUGUUCGAGGAGUUGUGCCAAAUAAUAAUAUGGCGCCUUCGAGCAGCAUCAGCAAUCUCUUGCAGCCCACCAAUGCAUGGCUCAUGCUGAUCACCUGGGUGUACCUCCUUGUCAAGGACAAGCUGCUGGUCUGGUGGAGGCACAGAGGGAGUAAAGCUGCAAAAAGAUGCCCCCGCUCCGGAACCUGGCGUGUCGGAAAGGGAGAUGUAAAGCAGGGUGUUGCCAUCGUCACAGGGGCAUCUUCAGGGCUAGGACUUGCAACUACCAGGGAGCUUGCAAAAGAAGGGUUUCAUGUUGUCCUUGCUUGUCGAUCAGUGGGGAGUGGGGAAAAGGCUGCUGCGUCGAUCAGGGCGUCUUUCCCCAAAGCUUCCCUCCAGGUUUCUGUACUUGAUCUGUGCUUGUACAAGUCCAUACUAGCAUUUGCGGAUUCUGUCGAGGCCCUGGUGGGAAAUGGAACAGAGCACGGUCCGUUGCGCCUGCUGGUGAACAAUGCUGGGGUCUUCACGCUGACUCAGCGGUGGACAGAUGACCGGAUAGACAGGAUGAUAGCGUCCAACUACCUGGGCCAUUUCAUCCUGACCAACCGGUUGCUGCCGCUGCUCCAAAAAGCAGCGCCAAAUGCCCGGGUCGUCAAUGUUGGCUCCUGGACUCACAGAGCAGCCAACUUCGUACCGGUGAGGCGGCAGCUCCUCGCCUCCGGAUUUGACGGCGCGUUCCGCCUGGGCGGCCCGCAGUUCUACACGCCGGCCUACAGCUACCAAGCUUCCAAACUAUGUAUAAUAGCCCACGCCUUGGCACUCCACAAGCGGUGCUACCAGGAGGCUAAGGAGAGCCGAAGAGUUAGUGUCAACGUCGCCGACCCCGGGUUCAUCUACUCCGCUUUGCUCCGAGAGGUGCCUGGGUGGCUGCACGUGCCCGCCGUCUGGAUAUACGCUAUCCUGCGGCUUAUGCAUCCGGCCCGGGUUGGGGCGCAAACCGUUUUGGACGCAGCUCUUGCUGACCCGACUGUUUCGGGCCAGUACUUCUUUGGGGGCCAAGGGCGGACAUUGGAGCCGUCCAAAGUGCUGGCAUCGACGGGAAUCGUGGAAGACGUCUGGCGCGAGUCUUGCGCAAUCCAGACGGAUCUGCGGCUCCAACAUGGAGGGCCACAUAUUGCGGUGCCUGGUGCAUCAUGAUUUGCAUUAGCUCAGGAAUCGAACCAGUUGUCGAUGAUAAGCUAAGUUGCUCUGCACAUACUUUACUGGUUUUGACAAGAAGGGUGACUGGUUACUCGUGCACAUUCUCAUGGCAAAAACAUAUAUGUGAUCAGAAGCGCAGCAUGGCAUGUAAGCGCCGCCG